AUGGUAAAUACAAGAAAUAUACUGCUAAUUGGCAGAACCGGAAAUGGAAAAUCCACUCUUGCUAAUGUAAUAAGUGGAACUAAUAGAUUUAGAGAAAGUGCUGAUAGCGUAAGUGAAACCCGUAGGAUUGAAGUUGCGGAGUUUGAAGAAAAUAUAACGCAAGAUGGCAGAGAGAAAAUAAGAUAUCGAGUGAUUGAUACAGUGGGAAUAGGUGAUACUAGAUUAACCCCACGGGCAGUUUUGGGAACAAUUCAAGAAGCAAAGGAGUAUCUCGAACAAGGUUUAAGCCAAAUUUUAUUCAUAACUAAUGGAAGAUUUACAGAAGAAGAAAGAAUUGCUUAUAAAUUGCUAAGGUCGGUUAUUUUUGAUAAUGAAGUAUCUAAAUACACAACUAUCAUACGAACUAAUUUCCCCGAAUUCGAGAACGGAGAAGCAUGUGAAAGAGAUCGUCGAGCAUUAAAAGACGAAAAUGGAGAAUUGCUGGAUAUAAUUAAUUCAGCAAGAAUUAUUUAUGUUGACAAUCCGCCAAUAAAUAGUGGCAAUACUCGUCGAAAUGCUGUAAAUAAAGAAACAAGGGAGGUUUCGAGAGGAAUAUUAUUAACUCUUUUAGGAACUUGCCGAGGAAAUUAUCGACCAGAAAAUCUAGUUCAAAUGAAUGAACGAAUUAAUAAUUAUAAAACUGAGAAAGAGAAGUUAGAAGAGGAAUUAAAAGAAAAAGAUAGAAUGAUGAAAGAACAAGGAGAAAAACUUCAAGGACAAAUAGAUAAUCUUAAUAAGGAGCAAGAUAGAAAAAUGAAAGAAAUUAGUGAUAAUUGUGAUAAAAAGAUAAAAGAAGCCCAAGACAGAGCCGACCAGCAAAUAAGAGACGCCCAAAAUCAAGGCAAUUUAAGUGAAAAAUUAAGAGAAAUGGCUCUCCAAAAAGAAAUCGAUGAUUUAAAGAGAAAAGAAAUAGAAGAUAAGCAAAAAGAACUCGAAGAUGAACAAAACAAAAAAAAUGAUGAGUAUGUUGCCCAAAUCGAGGAGGCUAACAAAAAAAUUAAAAGUUUACAAAAAUUAGAGGAGAUUUCAGAAAAAAUUAAAUCUCCUUCUCUUUCUUUAAAAGAACUAUCAGAAUUGUAUUUUAAAGCAAAAGAAAAAAUUUUCGGUAAGGAGGAAAUCACAAAAACCGAGGUUCUAAUUGCUACAAAUAUUUUCCUUAAUGGUUAUAUUAAUGUAAGUGAAUAUCUUUCUGGAAAAGAGAUGAAAGAUUUAACUGAUGAGGAAUUGGAUUUUUUAUUGGUGCUUUGUGAUGAGGCUUCUGUAAAUUUUGAUUGUUUAACGGAAUUAUUUUUUUCCGAAGGUGAUGAAAAGUUAUCUUCUGUUUUUUCGUCAGAAAGCAAUGAAGAAAAACAAGAAAAGAUUAAAAACAUUAGGGAAGAUGCUAUAAAAGAGAAAGCAAAAAGGAAAGUUCGGCGAGAGAAUGAUGAUAAUUCUGAAAACGGUAAUAACAAAUCUAAAAUUGAUGAUAACAUUAAUGAAUUGUUAAAUGAAAGUUUAAAGAAACGAAUAAAUGAGUUGCAAAAAGAAGCAGAUUUUUUGAGAAGUAAAAACAAAUCAAAAGAAGCUAACAGAAUACAAAAAAGGAUAAGUAAGAUUGAAAUAGGAGAAAAAAACCCAGAAAAAAAAAACAAUUCUUUUUCUCCUAGUAGUUUUUUAAUAGGUAUUGGAAUAGUAAUAUACAUUAAUAAAUUACAAAAUAUAAAAAUUAUGGUAAACACAAAACGAAUAAUAUUGAUUGGUAGCACUGGCAAUGGUAAGUCUACCUUGGCUAAUGUGUUACUUAAUAAAAAUAAUAAUUUUGAUGAAGUUUUCAAGGAGAGUGCGGGAAGUAUAAGUGAAACAAGAAAUAUUCAUAUCGAGAGAGUAGAAAUAAAUUUGGAUAAAGAUGGAAAUGAAAAGUUAGAAAUGAUAAUAAUUGACACUGUGGGCAUUGGUGAUACACAGUUAACCACGCAAGGGGUUCUUUAUAGGUUAGCGGAGGCGGCUAGUCAUAUUGGAGAAGGUUUGAACCAAAUCUUUUUUGUGAGUGGCGGUCGCUUUACUGAAAAGGAAGAAGAAGCAUAUAGACUGUUGAGUUCAGUAAUUUUUGAUGGAAAAGUUGUCAAUUUUACUACAAUAGUAAGGACUAAUUUUCCUGAUUUUGAUAAUCCCGAAGCCUGCGAAAGAGAUAGGGAAGCGAUGAGGAAAGAAAAUUCAAGGCUUUCUAAUAUUGUUAACUCAGCAAAAGUUAUUUAUCUUGAUAAUCCACCGGUGAUUGGUCGCCCAAAGGCUAUAGAAUUAGCUAAAGAAAUUCGGGCGGAAUCAAGGCAAAUAUUACUUACUCAUUUAGGGACUUGUCAAACCAUUUAUAAGCCAAAUAAUUUGGGUAAUUUGAACCAAAGGAUUGGCAAUUAUAUGAGCGACAAGGAGAAAUUGGAGAAAGAAAUUAAAGAAAAAGAGCGAUUAAUGAGAGAGCAAGCCGAAAAAAUGAAUAGGCAAAUUAAUGAAGUGCGAAAUAAUGGAGAAAGACUGAUGAGAGAGUUAGAUAGUAGCAAAGAAUAUCAAAUAAGACAAAUUAGGGAAAAUAGCGAUAGAGAAAUUAGAAAUUUGCGAGCGGAAAAUGAAAGGACACUAAGCAGAAUAAUGAGAAGUGGCGGUUCCUAUAUUGAUGAUGCUUUAAGUUCUUUUUAUGGUUUAUCUGCGGUUUGUGGAACUAAUUUUUCUGAUAAAACUACUACUGAAAAAAUUUAUUAUUUAAAAAGUGAAUUUGAACGGGUAGUAAGAGAAAAAGAAAGAGCUGAGCAAAGAGCAAAUGAAAUUGAGGAAAGAAUAGACAAACAACAACAAGCCCAAGAAUAUUCCAACUAUCAGCAAGUUUAUCAGCGAAAAAAGCAAGAGAAAAAAAACCACCUUCAGCAACUACAACUUUUAAGGAGUUAUCAGAACUGUCCGCACUGCGGCAGUCAAGAAGUAGAUGCUUAUGAAUUGUAUGAAAAUAGCCAACUAGUCUGUCAACCGUGCCGAAUGGCAAAAAAAAGCGGAGCAACUAGUCCGCUUAGUUUUUCAGGAGAAAUCAAUGCCGAUUGUGCGAGAAAGUGGCUAAAAGACCGCAAUCACCUGAAUAAUUGUGCUUGUUUAGAGCAAGAAAGCCAAGAAAACUACGAAUUAUUUGCUAGUUCUUUAAAAGAGAAUAAAAAAAGAUUGGAAAAAGAGUGUCAGUGCGAGGCGAGUAAUAAGCCCCGCACUCCUUAUUAUGAUAUUGCUAAUUAUGGUUAUGCUUAUUGUGAAAUUUGUGAAGCAAAGAUAGCAGGAGCCGGCAAGAAUGGCGUAAUUAAGAACCGCAAUGACCCAAGAUUUUGGGGUUUAAAAGUUCCGCAAAAAGUAUUAUGCGGCAAUUGUUUAGAACAAAAAAGGGACAAAAUGACCCCUUUAAGACGAGCCAAGUUUAAGGAAUAUAAGAAAUUAGGGAGAUUACAUUUAAGCCUAACCAUAGAAGCAGAGGUUUAUCAAAAAGUAAAAAAGGAUAUUCCAAAAAGACAAAUUAGCCAUUUUGUUAAUGACCUUUUAAAAGAGCAUUUGAAAAAUAAAAAGCAACAAAGGUUAAUUGCUAGUUAUAAAAAAACUGCUCGCAGUAGAGCAGUAAAAAAAGAAGAUAAAAUUUGCGAAGAAGCCAUAGCCGACGGAAUAAAAUAA